AUGUUGGCAGCGGCAAGUGUUGAAUUUGGAGGAAUUUUGCCGUUCGACUGUAAAGGCGCGAUUACCUCAGUUGCUCCUCGGUGGAAAAAGUGGAAAAAAUCUUUUGAAUAUUACCUCUUAGCGAGAGGAAUCACCAACAGCGCUCGAAAAAAAGGUUUGCUGUUACAUUGUGCUGUCAGUGAAGUGCAAGAAUUAUUCGAAACCCUGCAAGAUCCAGGACCGCCGGCAGAUGUAGGUGAAGACAACGCUGGCGAAUAUCAGAAAGCCCUACGCACACUUGAUGCCCAUUUUAGCGCGCGGUUAAAUGAGCCAUACGAAAGACACGCCUUCAGAAAUCUCAAAAGGGGGCAGGAAAGACGGUCGAUCAGUUUAUUACUCGGUUACGACACCAAGCGGAAAAUUGCAAUUGGGAUAACGCAGGCGAGCCGAUUCGCAAUUCAGGUCAUCGACAGGUGCAGAUCAGACGACUUGCGGCGGGAACUAUUGUUAAAGGGAACCCAUCUAACUCUGGAAAAGGGGCAAGAAAUCGCUCGAUCUUUUGAGGCAGUAGAUAUUCAUUUGAAAACGAUGACUGGUGUGGAAGAUGAUCGUCAACAAGUUAACCGUAUCGAACGUGGAGAAACCGCUGUCCAGUUCAAAGGAAGAGAAACGAAAGCCAAAUGUUAUCGUUGUGACAGAGAAGGUCAUUUUAGUCGUGACAGUUGUUGUCCAGCAAGAAAUGCCGAGUGUCAGAGGUGUCACAAGAUAGGACAUUUUGCUAAGGUUUGCCAAACCAAAAUUGUCACCAGAAACAAAAGAUUUUCUACAAGAGAUGUGCUAGACAAAAGGAGAUCGAAUGUGAACUCGAUUGAUGAUGACAACUUGAGAGUUGAGAGCGACGAUGACGAGUACGCAUUCACUGUGGGUACAGGAACUACAGGUGGGAUGAUAAAUGUGUUAGUUGGAGGGAUUUCUGUGCGAAUGCUUAUUGACUCUGGGGCAAGCACUAAUGUGAUUGAUAAAGGAACAUGGGAGGAGCUAAAAUCCCAGAGGAUUGAAUGCAAAUCCUAUAGGUGCAAAAAGAAGCUGUAUGCUUAUGGGAGUAGUGUGCCUUUAGAAGUUAUCGGUUGUUUCCAAGCAAGAGUAGUCCUGGGUGACAAAGUUUGUGAGGCAGAGUUUGUAGUUAUUGAUGGGACAGGACAACCCCUGUUGGGGAGAGGUUCAGCAAUCAAGGUUGGAGUGCUUCAGAUAGGAAGUUCCAUAAACUCUGUAAGCAGUGACAUUGUAGAAGAAUUCAAAGAUUGUUUUACAGGAGUAGGAAAGCUAAAAGGAUAUCAGCUUAAGUUGAAAAUGAGAAUAAAGUUGUUAAAAGAGAAUGUGGCACCUGUGGUUCAGCCUCUGCGCAGACCACCAUUCAAUCUUAGAGACAAAAUCGAGAAGAAAUUAGACGAACUGAAGAACAUGGACAUCAUUGAGAAAGUAAACAGUCCAUCUCAGUGGGUCAGCCCUGUAGUUGUAGUCCCAAAACCCAAUGGGGCAAGUGAGACUUUGUGUAGACAUGAGACAAGCAAAUUGUGCGGUAGAACAUGA